AUGCGCUACGAUGCCGAAAACGAUCCAGAAGGAGAAGUAGUAGGCGUUCCAGUCCUUCGUUGCCGCGAUGCCGAUUGCAAGAGCCCACUGCACCAGGACGAGCCCCCGGAGUAUCAUGCGCAUCGCCCAGUGCGAGGGUGCUUGGUGCUGGCGUGGUUGGAGGGGCCGGUUCAGAAGCGAGUUGAGGACAUCGGAGUGUUUGCUCACCAGCAGCUUGCGCGGUCCGUUGCCAUGCAUCAGAGAGACCACGACUCCCGAUAUCACAACAACGCCGAGGGAUGCGACGGCGAGGUAACAGUGGGACAUGAUUCCGAGAAGGACCAAUCCCGCAAAAGCCACCCAACCGAGCAGGCUGGUCGCGAUAUAACGAGGAGAAUACGUGCGGAGCCACGCAGCCACGGUGUCCACACGACGAAGACUGAACCAGGCGACCGGGGGCCAUUUGGUUGUCUCGGCGGACUGGCGCAGGACGUGUAUCAGCUCCAAACUCUGCAGCCGGAGAUCAUUUGGGCACAUGUUCGAGUGCUGAUUGUCAAUCAUCUUGGGGGCCUGCGAGCUGAUGCAAAUCCGCACCGUUUCCGGGCUGGGCAGGAGGUAUUCAUCCCCGUAUCGACCGUCCAAUCCCGUCAAGGCGAUGCUAUUCCCAUACUGAUCCAGAUAGCAGGACUUGGUCGCGGACGCAUCCGACAGCAGGAGACGGCUCCCCAGCGGAGUGAUUGCCCACGACCAGAGCGGACACCCACCCGUGAGCUGGAGGGUGUGAAGCUUGACGGGGAUAUCAAUAAAAUCAAUCAGCGCAGAGAGAGGUAA